AUAAAUCGCCGGGUUUUGUGAAAUGGAACACCUUGUUACUUUCUGCUGCAGUCCGAUAUUUACGACAUCAUGUUUGAAGGAUUGGGAGAAGUUCGGCAGGAAGAAUUUUCUAACAAAGUGCAAGGAAGGUGGAAUGGCUGGAUCUGUCAAAUUGUUCACGGAUUUGGUAUUGAAGUUGAUAAAUGGAGAAGGGAAAAUUGAUAUACUUGCCAAAUUAGUUCCUGAGUUAUUUAAAAUAUUUGGUGGUAAUGGAUCCUUUGAAUCCGACCUGUUAGAUUCCCUUUGGUUAAUUGACUCGUCAAUUGCUGAUAUUAAAUCAGAAUCUGUUCGAGAUCGUUUCUAUCGGUUAAUAGAAAUUCUGAAGAAUCAUGUGAAUCCUGCUUUGAUUAUGGAGAGAUUUUGUGAAGAGACCUUGGAAAACCUGUCAUUCAUUCAAUCGAAACAACAGUUCCAAACGCGUUAUGUUCGCACUAAAACGCGUUUAUUUUUCAAACAACAAAAAUUUAAUUUGCUACGUGAAGAAAAUGAAGGCUAUGCCAAGCUGAUCACAGAAUUAUGUCAAAUAAAGUCAACUGCGUCGAUGGAGGCCGCAAUGGUUCAGAUUCGAUCAUUAAUUGGUUAUUUUGAUUUGGAUCCAAAUCGUGUCCUGGACCUGAUAUUAGAUGUUUGUGAGUUCCGUGGUGAUAUGUACGAGGAAUUUGUUCAGUUGAUACGACUUUACAACCCUGAUAGAAUAGAUAUGACUAAUAUAUUGGGACACAAAUAUCAUUUUACACAAGAACCCGGUGUCAAUACACCAGAGUCAUUGUACAAAGUUUCAGCAUUUUUAAUUUGGAAAAAGUUAAUUGACUUGGAUGUAUUAUACGGACACUUAACUCCAUCCGAUGCGGAUAUUCAGCAAUCUCAUAAUCGUCAAAUUAACUUGGCUAAAUCUUAUCGUCCACAACCGCCGGCAAGUUUAUCUUAUUCAGCAACUUCUGCGAUCAAUACCUCGUUGAAUACUGCAAUCAACUGUGAUUUAAUUCGUGUUGAUGGUCUAUUAAGCCAGGAUUCUCAACUUGGUGGUAGUGGUACUACUUCUGUUUCUGGGACAUUGAUGACGAACGAUUGGACUGGUCCUAGGACGUCAGGAGCGCUAACUUCUCGCUCUGCAGAAGAGCUAAUGCAAUUGGAGGAGAAUCCCGAUGUAAAUUUAAGUAAAACGAAUUCACAUGAUGUUAGUGAAGUUGGUAUGAUAGAUAUAAGUAUUGAUCAAGAUGGAUUGUAUGAAAAUAACCAAAAAUUGGAGUUAUGUGCUGCCAUGGUUCGUUUAGGCGAUUGGACAAAUGCUCAACGUCUGUUAGAACGCCUACCUGGUUACUGGGCAACUACAUAUGAACCUUUAACACGAGACAUAUGCAAUUUGUUGCAUUGUUUAAUUGAACCUUUGUACAAUAAAGCUUGCCCUUUACCUGCCUGUUUACAACGUAAUCGUUUUCGACCGAGAAUCGAGUCAUUCAAAGCAUUAAAUGCAUCUAUUAAUUUACAUGGUAUUGAUGAGAAAUCGUCUGUUGAUUGUGAAAUACAUGAAGACAGUCGGACCAUUACAAAUAAUAAUAACAAUAAUAAUGAUUGUAUUCUAUUAUCACCUGUUCAUGAUUUUGUUGGCCUUGCCAAGUAUGUAAUACCAAUAGCAAUUUAUUUAGGCCCGCAUAUGUCAUAUGAUUUAAUAUUAAUAGUGAAGUUUUGUCGUCUUGGUCAAAUAUAUCUUUCUGAACAGCAACAAAACCUUCGGUCUGACAAGAUUGGAAUUGUUUAUCAAGGAUUUUUUAAUUUAUUAGAUGAAGUGCUUCUUCCGUCGUUGAGUUUGGUUGAUGCUAAUUGUUGUUUGGCUGAAGAGAUUUGGCAGAUGUUACGAUUUUUGCCUUAUGAACAUCGAUAUCGGUUAUAUGGACAAUGGAAACAUUUCAACGUUCAAACUGAACCUAGCCUAAUACGUCGGCGGGCUCAAGUAAUGUGCUAUGCUAAGGCGAUUAUGAAACGAUUGAGCAAGGAAAACGUUAAACCAAUGGGUAGACAUCUUGGAAAAUUGUCACACAGUAAUCCAGGUUUAUUAUUUGAUCACGUCUUGCAUACAGUUCAACUGUUUACAAAUCUUAUAAAUCCUGUUGUUGAAGCAUUGAAAUAUGUUAGCAGUUUAGGCUAUGAUAUGCUAACUUUUUGUAUUAUUGAAGCACUUGCCACAGAUCAAUCAAAACUGGAAGAUUUACAAUUAAGUCAAGGUUUACAAGCAUUGUCGUUGUUUACUGGAUUGUUGUGCAGAAAGUAUCAAUUCGAUUUGGCUGGUUUGUUACAAUAUGUACUGAAUCAAUUAAAAGUUGGUAAAAGUUAUGAUUUGGCAAUAUUACGUGAAAUUCUCCAUCGUAUGUCUGGUAUCGAUAUAUCGGAAGAAAUGACGGAAGAACAAUUAGAAUCCAUGUCAGGUGGUGAAUUACUAUUGCAAGAAGGUGGUUAUUAUGCACAGAUACGUAACACACGUCGUAAUGCUGGACGUCUUAAAGAUGCCUUGGUUGAACAUAAUUUGAUCAUGCCAUUUAUUUUUUUAAUGGCUCAACAGCGUGAUGCUAUCAUAUUUCUAGAUGAUCCAGAACGUCACUGUAAAUUAGCUGGGCGUUUAUAUGAUCAGUGUCAAGGUACUCUUGUACAAUUCAUAACAUUUCUUAGUCUUCAAUUAACUCGUGAUGAAAUGCAAACUCAGUGUUUAAAUAUUGACAGAAUGAUGGGUGAAUUUCAUGUUCCAGCUGAUACUGCCUUUUGUUUUCAUCGUAAUCUGUUUGAACAAAAAGUUGCUCGUUUAUUUGAAAGCAAAGAACAAGCAGAAACAAUGAAAUCUGGUGAAAAAUCAAAAUCAUUCAGCAAGACAAUUUUCUCAGCUGCUUCUUUACAUGUGUGCAAUGAAAUAGCUGCAGCUAUACGUCCAUUAUAUCCAGCUCGUGUAUGGGAUGAAUUAGGCAUUGUGUUCUUUAUCACAUUUUGGAGCUUACAGUCAAGUGAUUUAGUUGUCCCCGAAUCCGCCUAUCAACGACAAAUACAACAAUUAAAAGAGCAGAUUCAACAAAUUGAUACGCCGGCUAGUGGAUGGAAUUCAACAAAAAAGAAACGUGAGAUAGAACGUUUAGAAAAUUUAAUUGAACGUCUAACCAAUGAACAAGCUGAACGGGAAGAACAUGUAACACGUGUACGUGCUUGGCUUAUGACUGAACGUGAUAAUUGGUUUCAAACACGAUUAGCUACAAAAACUGAUACUAUUACACAAUUCUUACAAUUAUGUAUAUAUCCUAGAGUGUGUUUCACCGCAACUGAUGCUAUCUAUGCGGCACAAUUUAUGCAUGUUUUGCAUCAAUUAAAGACUGCACGAUUCUCUACGCUGAUUUGUUUGGAUCGAAUUUUUAAUGAUAUAACGUUGCCAACCAGUAUGUGUACAGAAAAUGAAGCGCAUCGUUACGGUCGAUUUUUAUGUGCAGUCUUAGAACUUGUGAUGCGUUGGCAUGCCAGUGAAGAAGUGUUCAAUCAAGAAUGUGGUCAAUAUCCUGGUUUUGUUACUGUCUUCAGAAAGACAUAUCAAGGUUUAGAUGCGAAUACUAAACCAGACCAAUUGCAGUAUGAGAAUUAUCGUCAUGUUGUACAUAAAUGGCAUUAUCGUAUUACAAAAGCAAUUGUUGCUUGUCUAGAAUCUGGUAAUUAUGUUCAAAUUCGCAACGCAUUAAUUGUAUUAACACGAAUUCUACCUCAAUAUCCGAAAAUCACACAGUUCGGAAGUGCUGUUGAACGACGUGUAAAUAAACUAAAAGAUGAAGAGAAAGAUCGACGUCCUGAUUUAAAGGCUUUAGCAUUCAGUUAUGCUGGCCUAAUGCGUCCACGUAAAGUUAAAUGGGUUAGUGAGGAAGAAUUUCAUUUGAAAGAAACUAAACCAAUUCGCUCAGAGACGAAUACAAAUUAUUCAAGUAAUCAUCAAAGCAUCAACAGUGGUGGUAACACUAAUCGUACUGUAUCAAAUCCUGACAAUAGUUCCGGAACUACUGUCAACUCAACUAGUUACGGUCAUAAUCCACGUGGACAUUCCGGUUCAAAUCAAUUGACCAGUUUUUCGAAUGCGCCUUCAAAUAUAAACAACACUAGUUGUGGUAUCACCAAUACUAAUACCAGUAGUAGUGGUAGUGGAGGCAACAACACAAUUUUUGUUACUAGCAUCAGUAAUUCAUCUAAUAGUUCUGCGACACUUGAACCUCCACAUAUUUCAGUAUCUGUUCGACGUACUUCAACACAACCACCACCAUCAAAUCAAACUAGUAAAAUCCCAUCCAACUCAACUGUUGCUCCAAGCGGUAGUGUUCUGGAAACACGGUCACGACCUCAAACAGUGAAUGCGUCUAUAACAGCCGUAGAGUCUUCGAAAUGCAAUCCUUCUGGUCAACUAUCCGGGUCUGUGUCACUGUCCUCGGUAACAGCUGUGAGCAAUUCUAGUAGUUCGAAUAAUUUGAGCAAUAAUUCACCUUCCAUUCCAACAACUACCCAAAGUAAAUUACGAUCUAGUCAACGUUUUGAGUCAUCUCUACCACCUCCAGACGAUGAUGUUGCUUCUGUACCGGGACCACAAUCACAUUCAUCGAAACGACGCAGAAUGGAAGCGGCCAGCGCGAAUUUGACUAGUCCUAAUGGGUGCAUUUUAAGUGUGACAACAUCCAAGGCAUCAGUGAACACAGUUGACGAACCACGUGAGUCACAUAAAUCUUCCACACGUAAACGUUCAACUCCCACAACUAUUCCAGGAAGUGCACCGAUCACUCCAGAAACUGCUAUACAAAAUUUACGCUACACAAAUGCCGGUAUAGUUUCCAACACUGUUCCCAGUGUUAAUUCUUGCAGCGGCGGUAGUAGUGGUACUGGUAGUCGUUCAACAACAAGUCCUGGUGAAAAUGUUUACCCUGUUAAUUCUUCUCUACGUCAUCAUCAUCAUCAUCAAUCUAGACAGUCGAGUCAUCAAAGAGCAUCAUCAGGUAAUUCUACUGAAAGUAGAGAACCAAGCUUAGAAAAUGAACGAAAUUUAAUUGCUUCCAGUUCAGCAGGUUUGGUAAAGAAAGCAAAGAAAGCUCAUCAUCACCACCAUCAUCAACGUUCGUCAUUAGAUUCAAUGAAUAUGGAAUCUAAUCUUAACAAUAAUAUUAAUAAUAAUCCGGGUUCUAUUACUAUAUAUUCAACUUCAGAAUCCCAAGGACCAUCUCGACAUUCACGUAGAUAAAUAUUAAACACCGAUGAAAAUCACAUCGGUUUUAUUCUACGGUCUUAUUUUCUCUCUCUCUCUCUUGUUUUUCCUUAAAUUCCUUUCUCCUAUCUAUCUCUCUCACAUACACAAACUCUUUUUACAAGUGAUCACAUAAUCAUCAUGUUCGAUCGCAUUUAGUUCAUAUUUUCCUAUGAAUUGCACAGUUAUCAUGAAAAUAUCUACUGAGUUGUAUCAUAUUCUUUCUUAUCCUUUGUUUCCGUAAUUAAAGUACUUUCUAAUAUGUAGUUUUUUAUAAGCUAAACAUUUAAUCCUUGUACGCACGUUUGUGUGUGUAUAAGUACAUGCGCAUGAGAAUAAUCAAUUUUUGUUCCUUAUCCCGUGUAUCUUUCUAUGAUAGACAGUAUUGGCAGCAAGUUGACAAAUAAAAUGAAUUGCUCUGUUCGUACACAUCAGUCCUCUUUUUCGUCCUACAAUUUGUCGGAAGGAGGGGUUAAACAACAUUUCUUACAAAAUCGUAGAAGUGGAAUAGCGUUUCAGUAAAAUAUAGAAUCCCAUACGAUCCUAUUCGUUUCUUUCCAUUUAAGUCACUUAAGUAACUACUCAGAGAUGUAAAAUUAAUGGCCGAGUGUACUUCAAUAAGCUGCUUAAAGACCACUAGUUGUAAUAUGCUACCUUUACAGAAGGUGAACGUGCUAUCCAUAUAUCGACAGUAAAGUGAUGCGUCAUUCUUUAUCUAUUAUUCAGAUCUUUCUGGUCAGUUGAUUUUUGAAAUUUUAAUUUGUCAUCUAAAAUGGUACCUAUUUUUUCAAUAUAAUCACUUUUAUUAAAAACAACCCCUGUUGUAAUAAAUAACGUUUCGUCCUUUGGGAGCAUGUGAAUAACUUUCCUAAACUUCAUCUAAAGAAUGCUUUUGGAGUUACAUUUACUGCUUUUACUCUGAUAACAACAGUCUACAAGAUCGGACUUUAACUGUUCAAGUUCCUGAUCAGAAAUCGCAACUGGAUACCUUGUUUGACUAUAUAGGUUUUUGAACUGAAUAUCUGUAUCUAUGUGGUUAGAAUGAUUCCUUAAGUUUUGUUACAUAGUCCGUGAAGGGAAUUCUUGGAUCAUCCGUCGGCUUAUUUUAUGCGAAAAACAUUCAUACGUAUCUUUGCAAUUUUAGAAUUCAAGGCAUCCGUUUUGUUCAGUGUCACUCUAUUCUGAUAGACUCCGUACUGUUGUUAUGAAGUAUAUCACAAUUCCGGGUAACGAUCUGAUUCGAUGUAGCUGUUUAUAAAUUCCAUAGCAGUUUUCUCUGAUGAUCCAUAAUCUUGUUCACUAUUUAUUUGAAAAGCUUUUCCAUUAGGAUUAAUUCCUGUUUUUUUUGUCUCCGAUUCGAUUUUAAAAAAAUUGAAGUCAAAAUAAUGAAAACUUAACUGUUCAACGCAAACAACAACGUUGACAACAAGAAUAACUAAAUGAGUUCAAAUGAAAUGUGGUUGGAAACAACAAAACAUCAUGUCUUGCACAAUAAAAAAGUUAAAGCAACCAUACACAUUCAAAUUGAUUUUUAAUUCCAUUUUAUUAUUGUAUUCAAAGAAAAGAAAUUCGAA